AUGGAUAUUGUAUUAAGAGGAGAAAGUCAUGGUGAAAAUGGCUUUCAAAUUUAUGGUUGUGAUGUUAUGAACCAUGCUUUGACAUCCACAGACACAGAUCAAUUCCUAUGUGGCCACUUCCUUCAUCAUCAACAACAACAACAGACAAAGAACAAUGAUGCAUGUGGUUUUUCGGAGGAGGCUUUUAAGUGGACAAACAUCAACCAAAACCUUACACUGUGUCUGGAUGAUAUGCAAUGUAAGAACACAAAAGUGGUGGGAAGGAGAAGGAAGAAACAAUCUUCUGUGUCUUGGAUCAAAGGACAGUGGAAUAAGGAAGAGGACAGGAAACUGAUAAGGUUGGUGAAACAACAUGGUGAUAAAAAGUGGUCUGAAAUAGCUGAGAAGUUGGAGGGAAGAGUUGGCAAACAAUGUCGAGAAAGAUGGAACAAUCAUUUGCGUCCUGAUAUUAAGAAAGAUAGCUGGAGCGAAGAAGAAGAAAGAAUACUGGUAGACAUGCAUACGAGGCUUGGAAAUCGUUGGUGCGAGAUGGCGAAAUGCCUUCCAGGAAGAUCAGAGAAUGCCAUAAAGAACCACUGGAAUGCGACGAAAAGGAGACAGAAUUCAAAGAGAAAGCACAAGAAAACAAAGACCUCUAAUGGAAAACCUCAUUCCUCCAUACUCGAAGACUACAUCAGAAGCAAGACCAUCAUCACCACAAACUCUACACCUCUUACUGCCCCAACACCCUCACAGGACAACAAUGCACACAACCCUUUCAACCAUCUCUUCUAUCAACCUUUUCCUAACGAACCACUCUUCAUGCAACAAAUUUUCACGGAGAAUGUCGAAGCCUCUAAGCAGUCUAAGAUGAUGUCUCCAACCUCAUAUUUGGAUCACUGGAACAUGAUGAAUGUUGAUGAUGUUGAUGAGAGUGAGGUUGUGUAUUCUCUGCAAUACCCAGAUAAUAUGCACUUCAAUGAUAGUUUCUUCCCCAGAGAGACCCAUCCCCCAGCUACUUACCUUCCUUCGGAUUUUUAUGUCUCUCCCUUGUUCAACGUAGCAUCUGGGUAUGGAAAUCAGAAUCUCAACAUGGAUUUUCGGCAUCAAGGUGCCUCACAAGUAAAAGGAGAGGAGAUCUGGUAG